GCUGGACCCUGUGCAUAUUUGUCCCUGGCGCGGGGGUGGGGGGAUGUGUUGCGUGCAGCUUCCAAAUGCGUUAAGAUGUAGCUGCUCUUUCACAGCCUGCAGCACGAGGUACAUAGCGGUGCGCGCUCUCGUCCCUCUGCUUCCAUCAAAUGAACCACGCCUCGCGCAGACAGUCCGACGGCCAUAUUGACUGUCUCUGGAUCCCUCGUUAGUGGUGAAAGUCGCUGGGUUUCUACCUACAUCACCAUCAAAUUUCCUGUGCUACAGCGAGUGGGGGUGGUAACAACAACAAGGAAAAGGUAAACACUUGUUUUCUUGGAUAUUACAAACGUAUCGUACUCCAGGUAAGACUGCGAACUGCUCGGAACUCGAUUCUGUCUCUGAGGUUGUGCACGUCCUGCCAUCUGCAGGCGCAGGAGUGGCUUUCUUCGUGUUUUCUCAGAAGAAGGAAGGGCAAAGAGAAAGCAAGGAUGCCGAAACCGAUCAAUGUCCGGGUAACAACGAUGGAUGCUGAGCUGGAGUUUGCCAUCCAGCCCAAUACAACAGGCAAACAGCUCUUUGACCAGGUUGUGAAGACCGUGGGCCUGCGUGAGGUCUGGUUCUUUGGCCUGCAGUAUGUUGACAGCAAGGGGUACAGCACGUGGCUCAAGCUUAACAAGAAGGUAAUCCAACAGGAUGUGAAGAAGGAAAACCCACUCCAGUUCAAAUUCCGGGCCAAGUUUUUCCCAGAGGAUGUGUCAGAGGAGCUGAUACAGGAGAUCACACAACGGCUCUUCUUUCUGCAGGUGAAGGAGGCUAUCCUGAAUGAUGAGAAUUACUGUCCCCCUGAGACGGCUGUGCUCUUGGCCUCGUACUCGGUCCAAGCCAAAUAUGGUGACUUUAACAAGGAGGUUCACAAGCCUGGCUACCUCUCCAAUGACCGGCUGCUACCCCAGAGAGUUCUGGAACAACAUAAGCUCACCAAGGAACAGUGGGAAGAGAGGAUACAGACGUGGCAUGAAGAGCACAGGGGCAUGCUUAGAGAGGACUCCAUGAUGGAAUAUCUGAAGAUAGCGCAGGAUCUGGAGAUGUAUGGCGUGAACUACUUUGAGAUCAAGAACAAAAAAGGGACAGAGCUGUGGUUGGGUGUUGAUGCCCUGGGGCUUAACAUCUACGAGCAUGGCGACAAAUUAACACCAAAAAUAGGCUUUCCCUGGAGUGAGAUUAGAAAUAUUUCUUUCAACGAUAAGAAGUUUGUCAUCAAGCCCAUCGACAAGAAGGCUCCGGAUUUCGUUUUCUAUGCGCCACGGUUGCGAAUCAAUAAACGCAUCCUGGCACUGUGCAUGGGGAACCAUGAACUCUACAUGCGGAGGAGGAAACCAGACACCAUCGAGGUCCAGCAGAUGAAGGCCCAGGCUCGGGAAGAGAGGCACCAGAAACAGCUGGAGAGAGCACAGCUAGAGAACGAGAAGAAGAAACGGGAGCAUGCAGAGAAAGAAAAGGAGAGAAUAGAGCGAGAGAAAGAGGAGCUGAUGGAGCGGCUGAGGCAGAUAGAGGAACAGACGAUGAAGGCACAGAAAGAGUUGGAGGAGCAGACGCGCAGGGCCCUGGAGCUGGACCAGGAGAGGAAGAGAGCCCAUGAAGAAGCAGACAGGCUAGAGCGGGAGCGCCAGGCUGCGGAGGAGGCCAAGGCGGCCCUGGCCAAACAAGCGGCAGACCAGCUGAAGAACCAGGAGCAGCUGGCAGCUGAGUUGGGAGAGUUCACUGCCAAGAUCGCUCUGCUGGAGGAGUCCAAGAAGAAGAAGGAGGAUGAAGCAAACGAGUGGCAGCACAAAGCCCUGUCAGCCCAGGAUGACCUGGAGAAGAUCAAGGAUGAGCUGAAGAAUGUGAUGACUGCACGGCCAGCCGCACCCGCCCCUGCUGAGAAUGAGCACGACGAGCAGGAUGAGAACAGUGCAGAGGCCAGUGCCGAGCUGUCCAGUGAUGGUGUCACCGACCACCGCAGCGAGGAGGAGCGCCUCACCGAGGCGCAGAAAAAUGAGCGCGUCAAGAAGCAGCUGCAGGCUUUGAGCUCAGAGCUGGCCCAGGCUCGCGACGACACCAAGAAAACCCAGAAUGACGUGCUGCAUGCGGAGAACGUUCGUGCUGGCCGGGACAAGUACAAAACCCUCCGACAGAUCCGGCAGGGCAACACCAAGCAGCGCAUUGAUGAGUUUGAGUCGAUGUGAGGACCGGUCUGUUCUGCCCACCCAACUUGCCCCCCCCCAAUGCACCCACCCACCUUGUCUGCUGAGAGGCUAGAGGUAUGCGGCCAACAGCCUGCCCCCUCAGGCCUUGCCAAAGCUCUGACCACCUCCGGUCAGCCAAUCACGCCACUCUGCAUAGAGCUCUGCCCAUCUACAUAAGGAUUUGCCCUGUUCUGGAGAAAGCAGCAUGUCUGAAGCGGGGGGGGGGGUGUGUGAUAUAAUAUUUUUGCUUUUAUUGAAAAUGGCCAUUUAUAGCUUUUUGAUGUUACUAGCAGCCUUGUAUGUAAAGCUUUAAUAUCUUACAUCUUGUCUUCAGUUGGAAAAAAAUUUAAAUCUUUUCUUUUUAAAAGAUCUUAUUUUCAAGACUUAUUUUAAUGCUAGUUUCCAUCUUGAAUGUUCAGUAAGUUUGAGUGGCUGAGUCCUCCAGUGAAUGUGACAUGGUAUGACCACCAGUGGUAGUGUGUUCCCCCAGCCAUCCUCCUCUUUAUCUCACCUGAGAUUGUAUAAGCUUUAUCCCAAACAGUUUUGUCUUUAUCCCAAACAGUAAUCUUGCUGUAUUAUGUAUGACUGGAUAAAUGAGGAUGCCUGAAGGCUUCUGUGUGUGUGUGUGUGUGUGUGUGUGUGCGUGUGUGCGUGCGUGCGUGCGUGCGUGCGUGCGUGCGUGCGUGCGUGCGUGCGUGCGUGCGUGCGUGCGUGCGUGCGUGCGUGCGUGCGUGCGUGCGUGCGUGCGUGCGUGCGUGCAGGGGGAGGUUAGCUUGGCUCAGCCUCAUAGUCAUUUCUCAGUAAUACAGCAGCCCUGGGGCCAGAAUCUCCCCCCCCCCCCCCACGUGGACAGUGAUGAACCGGGCAGUCAUGUAGAAUACAGUAUGUGCACUCUGUGGACACAGUACUAAACCAAACAGCGGAGAGGUAUUUGCCUGCCUUAUAACUUAGGUGAAGAGUGCGGAAAGGACUGGUUAGACCCUGAGUACUUGGUCUCACACACACGGCUUUGCUGCCCUGACCUGGUGUUUAUGCCCAGUCAUCAUAGAUGGUUUUCUUUGCCUGCCUGCUCACAAUGGCCUAGGGGUGGGUGUGUCUGUCUGUCUGUCUUUAUGCCUUCCUGUUUGUCCAUAGGGGGAGAAGCCAGUGUAGUGCACAUAACGUGGGUGUAAUGACUGUCUCCCUAGUAUCGGCACGCGGGCUCCUCCCUCUGCAUAGCCUGUUCACCCUUCGGGGCCCUUCUGACUGGAGAGCAUAUGAAAACAUCGGUCCUGAGACGAGGACACUUCUCUACCUCAUUACUGUUGACUGGGCAGCCAAACACGUGGUCUGAGCUGCCCCCCACCACCCCACCUUCUGUCUGGAGCAGCUCUUUCUGGUUUCUCCUGCAUGGCUCUGCUCCUGGGUCCUGCUUUCUGGCUCUACUGAGCACAGCUGUCUUUGGUUGGUUAAAAAUAACAAAAGAUGAUCUUUCAGGCAGUAACUUGAGUGUUAGACAUUUUCGUUUUUGAAAGCUGAAUGAGAUAAAGGAGCUGUUUUACAACUGACAUAACAGACCCAUCUAGCCUAACAGACGAGCCCAAGUGGGCCAGACAAACUUUGUAUUUUCCUGCAAAAUAAAUAGUGUUGCAGCCUCA